AUGAACAAGGGAUCAUCUGACUCCUCUAACGUUUCCACCACUCUUGGCCCUGAAGAGCCUAGGCUCCCCGAAGAAGGUAGAAACAAGAGAAGAACAGUAAAGAGAAACACCGUGGAAUUUUGCUUUGUGCUGCUCUUUCUGGUAUUAGAGAUGUUGGUUUGUGUUAUUUUGCCUCUUAUUGUUGCAAAAUCAAAAUACAGGUAACAAAAACACUUCUUGCCCGUAAUUUGAACAUGCAUAUUCUCAUUUGCUUCUCUUGAUACAUUUUCUAUGGUACUGUUGAGGAGAAGUUGUUAGGCAAUCAACCCUUUUACUUAGUGAUCGUUUUCUUUAAACUUAACUGUUAGUCAAUCUUAGCGUUUUCUUCAUGAGCAUUUCAUCUAUUGUUGCUCUAAGCGAGGCCAUUUCCGAGUUCCAAAAAAUCUCACUUUUUAGUCGAGGCUAAAUGCAAAACCUUCCUUGUGAUAAUGAGUUUUAUUUGCAAGAGAUAAAAAAAAUUCAUAUCAAUGGCUUUACACUAACUCUCGUUUUGAAACAGAGGCAUGGAGCAGCUUGUCUCGCAAUGUUGUUGCUCUGCAUUUUCGCCCGUCGUUUCUCUUAGUCACGUGGUCUGUGUGACGACUAUCGUACCGCUGAGGAGAAUAUAUUAAACAAUCAACCCUUCUCGUUUUUUUCAUUAGACUUGUUCGUUACCAAAAAGCCGCGAGGCGCUGGGUACGAGAGUGCUUGUUGACACACCAUUCUCGGCUUGCACUGUCACGCAAUGAAAAAUAAAAAUGCAAACCAUUCAAUACAGAAGGACUAAAAUCUGGGAAAUGAAAAAAGAUAAAUGUACAAAAACCGUUGCCACCGUUUACCUAAAUUUAUAAAGCUUUGUAUGGAAACGUCAUGUUGUUAUCCUUUUCAGGAACACCAAUUUGGCCGCCGGAUACCAACAGAAACAUCUGUUUUCGAGUUUUCCUACAAAUGCGUGAAUUCUUCGCUUGAGGAACUCAUAAAGAUUACAGUAAUAUUUAUUCUGAGACAAGGAAUGUUUAGAUUGCAAAAUAUCCCAAAAUCGGUAAUGUUUUUAACCCACAUAAGAGCUUUCCCGGCCACCAGCUAAAUGCCGCGUCACGCAAAAGCCUGGAAUGGAAAUUCAAGCGUCCUCUCUCGCAAAACGAAGAACCCUUUCGAACCAAAAAUUUGUUUAUGUAAAGAUGUUUAGGUACUGUAAUGCCUCGUGAAAGUAGAAACUCAGAAGAAACGAUAGUUUCUUAGUUUGAUUUUUGGUGACGUCACGUGCAACCCAAGAAUACAUUAGACACCUUUAGAUUGAAGGGGGAGGACGACUACAAAAACAAUAGAUUUGACGUAAAGUCUUUUUCGCGUCUUGUCAAAAAAAAAAAAGACACACUGGAAAGCUUCAUUAUCCGUCUUUUCCACCAGAAACGUUAGCAUGGUUCUUUUUAUUAAGGGAGGUUAAGCACUUGACAACUUGCUUUCGUCAAAACGACAUUUUCAUUAAAACCCGUUGUAAAAUGACAACGUUUAUCAUGUUUUCGCGCCAAAAUGAAGCGGGUUCACGUGCGAGCGCACUGCUAAGUAUAGACCUUGUCACGGUUUUCGACGCCAUCUUGACGAGUAGGCAAACGCGUGAAAAAUUACAGUGUUUGUAUGAGAAUCUAAUGUCGAAUAAUUUCCGUAGAACGGCUGUUCUGACAAAAAUAUGAUUUGUAAACUAAAACUUCUCUCCUAGAAUUCUACUGAAAAAAUUUGAGGGCGUUACACGCACUAGAAGACCUAGAACCACUUUUUUAAAUUUUCUAUACAUUUGUCUGUAAGAAAGUCCCGGGAAAAUUGCAGACAAUUACAUGGAAAAUCUAAAGCAAGCCUCUGGAGAAAUCUAAGCUCAGGUACGUCCCCAAACGUUUUUAGGACAAUCCUUUGUUUUGUAGCUUUAGUUUACAACUGAUAUUUUUUUCAGAACAGCCUUUUCACGGAAAUUAUUCGACAUUAGAUUCUCAUAUAGACACGGUAAUUUCUCACACGUUUGCCUACUCGUCAAGAUGGCGUCGAAAACAGUUACAAGGUCUAUAGAGAAAAUCUCGUUCUCGUAGUUGUCUUCGAAUCCUUGCAUACACGGUGUAGUAGUUAUUGCAAAAAGUAGUAAGUAAUUCUACUACUUUAGAAGGUCUUACUUAUUCAGUUUCCAAAAGCUAACUAUGAGUUGUUUAAACUUUACAGACGAAAUUCAUCAGUUGAAGUCGAAAACUCUACAAGUACGUAUGAAAAAACUAGCCAUUUUUUAGGAAAAUAUUUCACCUUUUUUUUCUUACCGGCGAGACACUGUUUCUCUGAAGUAUCAGAAACAUUAAGGGCCAAUUAUUUAAACGGGGUUUAGCCAGUGCUUAAGAAAACGGCGUUCUAAGCCUUUUUCACUUUGCCCAACGCUUUCAUCUUAACACUAUUUAUCGUGGACAGCUUCAUGAAAGCAUAAGGCCUAAACUGGAAAAUCACUUUUUUUCUUAAAAUAACCCACUAAGGAAUAUAUCUGGAGGUCCAGAGAUUUGCUAAACCGCGGCCUAAGUUAGACUUCGUUUAAAUAACCGACCUUAAAUUUUUCCACAGGUAAUCCUUCGUAUCAGAUUGGCCCUCAACUCCUUCCCUCAUCUUAUUCAUCCCCACCGCAAGAAGCUGAUGAAGAAUCUUAUCAACCCCCCUACCAGCCCCUGGUAGAGAACACUAGGACACCUGGGGGGAAUACUGAGUAUCUCAGGCCAGUAGUUGAACGUGGAGAGGCCUCUCGCUUUGUCGCAGCCGAUCCAGCGUCCUACCAAGAUCUCGACCAAAGCGAGCAGCGAGAGCAUGGGUACCAGAAGAGUUUGACUCAAGUAGAUGAGACUAGAGAACCAUUCUAUCACGUUCCCGAGAAAACUGCCGCAAAAGAGGGGAUCCGAAGUACUUCCGGGACUCUCCGAGAUCCUAUGUACUAUGUCGUAAAAGAACUCAAAAGCGUAAACGCGAAUGCUUCUGAGAAGUUCCCCUCUGAGAAUUCCGUUAAAGAACCCAUUUAUUGGGUGCUCGAAGACCCAAGAGAAAUUGAAGAAAAAAACACAAAAGACGAAAAGUUUUGA